AUGGAAUCUGGUUGGGUCAGAGCGGAGCUCUAUAAAACGAGCAUACGGCAGGCCGCUAGCCUCUUUUCCUCUUUGAAACGCAACGAACGUCCGCCUAGCCCAGCGCGCCGCACGCGCCGAGCGCAUUGCGCACUGGCGCGGCGGCCGCGGCCCUCAAUCAUUACCGGAAGGGACGUCGUGGACGACACACGCAAUAACCAGGACUUAGAGUGGAAGGGUGUGCACACCACUGGCACAGCUCAGAUUCAGCUU